GCAGCGAGCACGGAUAAACGGAUAAACGGAUACGGAUACGGAUACAGUUACGGAUCGGAGAUGGUUCUGCUGGACGAGUUCUGUGUGAAGGUGUACUUCUGGCCGUUCCUGUCCUACUUGGCCAGCAUCAAGGGCUGGUGUCCGCUCUUUCCGCCAGGUUACUAUCCCAUCUACGCACUCCCACCGCCACCGCCAGUGCCGCCGGGAGCCCAGUUCCCGCCACCGCAGCCGCUCCAGCCGAUCGGUCCACUAAUCCCGCCUCAACCCGCUCUUCCGUCCACACCUGCAGUGAUCCCGACGUUCCAGCCCACGCCGCCGAAUCCCCAGCCACCGUUUACGCCGCCGCUGAUCACCACAAGCAGCAGCACCACCACCAGCACCACUCUCUCCACGACCACCGGACUGAGCACCACCAGUACCGCUGGCACCACUCUGCCCGUUCCGGUGGCCACGUGUCCGUCGCAGCCGCUGGUCUGCCUGCCUGGAGGAGCGCGUCCGCUGCCCAACUGCCCCUGCAUCGAUCCCCGCCAGCAGCAGAACUCGCCGCUGGUCUCCUCCUCGGGUCCUCAGAUCGGUUCGGAUAUGAUGGUUUUCAUGCCGCUCAAUUCCGGACGUAGGCGGCGUCGUCGCCGAAGACCCCAGUCCUGCCAGGAUGCCAGAUCCCGACCUGGAAACUGUCUGCCCCUGACCUCCUGUCCCCAGCUCAUGGAGGAGCACCAGGCCCAGGGCGACGAGUUCCACACCUUUCUGGGUCAGUCCAUAUGCGGCUUUGAUGGCUCCACUUUUAUGGUUUGCUGUGCCUCUGACCGAAGUGGAAGUGCCAGGAGCAGGAAGGACCUGCUGCAGACCACCGCUGCACCCUUUGGCUUCUUCCAUUUCUCUCCAUUAAGUGGGGGCUCCACUGCCACUCCGAUGACCUUCCAGCCCACUCCGCCACUGAAUCAAGGGGUGAUCAGCCCCAGCUUUAAUCCCCAAGCUCCACCACCGCCGCCUCAACCACAAAAUGGCCAACGAAUGGCGACGGUUUGUGGCAUCAGUGGUGCCACUUCCAAUCGAGUUGUGGGUGGAGUUGAAGCAAGGAAAGGAGCCUAUCCUUGGAUUGCUGCCUUGGGAUAUUUUGAGGAGACCAAUAGGAAUGCAUUGAAGUUCCUCUGCGGCGGCAGUUUGAUCCACUCGCACUACGUGGUCACCUCGGCGCACUGCAUCAAUCCAAUGCUGACUCUGGUUAGACUGGGAGCCCAUGAUCUCUCCAAGCCUGCUGAACCGGGAGCAAUGGACUUUCGUAUCCGCAGGACAGUGGUCCACGAGAAUUUCAAUCUGAAUUCCAUAUCGAACGAUAUAGCCCUGAUUGAGCUGAACGGAGUGGGUUCAUCGCUGCCUGGUAACAUUUUGCCGAUUUGCCUGCCUGAGGCCGCCAAGUUCCUGCAGCAGGACUUCGUGGGGAUGAAUCCUUUCGUGGCUGGCUGGGGGGCAGUGAAGCACCAGGGAGCCACCUCGCAGGUGCUCCGCGAUGCCCAGGUGCCGAUCGUGUCCCGCCAGACGUGCGAGCAGAGCUACAAGUCCGUCUUCCAGUUCGUCCAGUUCAGCGACAAGGUGCUGUGUGCCGGCAGCUCGAGUGUGGACGCCUGUCAAGGGGAUUCCGGUGGACCACUCAUGAUGCCGCAGUUGGAGGCCAAUGUUUAUAGGUUCUACCUUCUCGGCCUGGUUUCCUUUGGCUAUGAGUGUGCUCGUCCCAAUUUUCCGGGUGUCUACACCAGAGUGGCUUCCUAUGUUCCGUGGAUCAAGAGACACAUUUCAGUGGCCUAGAAUAUGACACAUGCCAAAUCGGAUAUCUAUCUUUGAUGUGUCAUCCAAAUAAAGAGCACUUAACAACCACUUGCAUUGAAAUCCUAAAUCCCAAAUACACAAGCCCACCGGAAGUUCCUUAAUAAAUUUUUAUGUUCUUGUUUGAUUUAAGGCUAA